GCCGCCGCGGUUGCCAGGCAACGCGCGUGGUCCCCGCUGCGGGUCGCGUGGGGUUCCGCGGGGCGAUGGGUUCCCAAGGCCUUCGGCCGCUCCUUCUUGUGCUCCUGGAUUGCUGGGCCUCCGUGAGUGCCCAGACCGCAGCCACUCUGCCUGUGACGACGGAGGGCUUCAACUCUACGGAGGCAGCCUGGACGACUCUCCGACCCGCCUUGUCUCCUAGGCCCCCCGGAACCCCCAAGGCCCCCGGGUCGUUCUCUGGCCCCAGGCCUACCCCGGUCACGGACGUUGCUGCUCUGUGUGUCUGUGACUUGUCUCCAGCACAGUGUGACGUCAACUGCUGUUGUGAUCCCGAUUGCAGCUCCGUGGAUUUCAGUGUCUUUUCUGCCUGUUCAGUUCCGAGUGUAACGGGUGAUAGUCAGUUUUGUAGUCAUAAAGCAGCCAUCUACUUAUUAAAUUUUACAGCAAAUCCACCUCAAAGGAUAUUUAAACUCGUCGACCAGAUUAAUCCAUCUAUUUUCUGCAUUCAUAUUACAAACUAUAAACCUGCAUUAUCCUUUAUUAAUCCAGAAGUGCCUGAUGAAAAUAAUUUUGAUAAAUUGAUGGAAACAUCUGAUGGCUUUUCCUUGAAUUCAGAAUCAGAGAUUUCUUUCACAACCCAGUCGGACACCCCAGGUACUGCUAAAUACGAGUAUGGGGUUCGUCUGCAGACUUCAGAUUCAUUCUUGAGAUUUCCUUCUCCCCUUACGUCGUCUCUCUGCACUGAUGAUAACCCUGCAGCAUUUCUGGUGAACCAAGCUGUUAAGUGCACCAGAAGGAUACAUUUGGAACAGUGUGAAGAAACCGAAGCCCUGAGCAUGGCUUAUUACAGCAGCCCUAAAAUUUUGAGGGUGCCUGGUUUAAGAACAAAGGCAGAGAUCCCUAUCACUGUUCAGUCCAUCCUCAAGGAGUCUCUGAAUAAAACACUGACCCAACUGGACGACAUGGUUGUACUGAACCAGACUCUUGUCGAGGCUGGGGAUGUUAAAAUCUGCACUAAUGUCGUUCUUGAGGUAAAGUACAGCCUCACGUAUACAGACGCAGGGGAAAUAACCAAAGCUGAUCUCUCUCUCCUUCUGGGGACAGUGAGCAGCGCAUCGCUUCCACUAGAGCAGAAGUUUGAAAUUCGUUUCAUUCAGCAAAAUACAAAGCCAGUUCCUCUCAGUGGAAACCCUGGUUAUGUUGUGGGUCUCCCAUUAGCUGCUGGAUUUCAGCCUCAGAAGGGGUCCGGGAUUAUUCAGACCAUGAACAGAUAUGGACAACUUACUAUUCUUCGAAGCACAAUGGAGCAAGACUGCUUAGCACUCGAGGGGAUCCGGACUCCAGUACUGUUUGGUUACGAUAUGCAGUCUGGCUGUAAACUAAGACUGACCAAAGCCAUCACGUGUCCGCUCGCAGUGCAGAAAGUGAAGAGCCUCCUGAAGGGCCAUGGCUUCCCGGAUUAUGUGGCCCCGUUUGGAAAUUCCCAGGCCCAGGAUGUGCUGGCCUGGGUACCCAUCCACUUCAUCACCCAGGCGCCCCACGUGAAGGAUUCCUGCCAGCUCCCAGUGGCUUUGGUUAUAGAAGUGAAGUGGACAAAGUACGGAUCCUUACUGAACCCACAGGCUAAAAUAGUUAAUGUCACUGCCAAUCUCAUUGCAUCUUCCUUUCCUGAGACCAACUCAGGAAAUGAAAGAACGGUUCUUAUUUCCACUGCGGUUACUUUUGUGGAUGUGUCUGCACCUGCAGAGGCGGGCUUCCGAGCUCGGCCAACCAUCAAUGCCAAGCUGCCGUUUAAUUUCUUCUUCCCAUUUGUUUGACAACACCUAGAUGAAACGCCCUGAUUCCUCAGUAUGCGCGUGAAAUGUGAAAAGUACACUUGAUGAGAUAAAAUUUUAUACACAACUA